AAUUGUUAUCAAGGUCAUAGAUAUCCUUUAGCUAGCUACAACAGCCAUGAAUGUUGGCGAUCAAUGAUGUCAUUAUGACAUCAUCUUUAUCUCUCUUUCUCGAGUGAACAUUUUACACAGUGUGUUUAAUAUACCGGAGCGCCAUACUUUGGAGUGAAAAAUUGAGAAAUGUUUUUAACCGUUUUACGCCUCCAACGGAUGGACGGACGUCGGUCGGACACGAAAAAAUGCGCUUGAACAUUUGACGCGACGCAGGAAGGCGAAUCUUUUAUUAUUGUGAUUUUCCACUCGAAAUUACCAGGAUAAUAGAUUCGAGAUAAGGUCACCUAUUCUGAGGAUAAACAUUGGCCGAGAAGAGGAUCAAAAAAAGGUUCCAUGGAUAAGUGGAGGAUGAAGACCAAACACUUCAUCAUAUCUGAUUGCUACAUCGGAGGCUUUCAUGAAACUUAAAGCGUGUGGACGUUUAUAUUUGACGGCUUAUGCACCUGGGCGAACGCAAAAAUCUAGAAACAUUGGGAACUGUGAUUGACGUUUUUGUGGCCUUAAGGACUGUGAUAAUUGUUACGACCAAAAGAUCAUUAGGUGGAGCCAACUCAGCGGUGGCUAAAUAAAGGUUGACUAGAAAGGACUUUAUACAUUACACACCCACUAUCCGGUUAAGUUCAAAUCGGACGAAGCCGGAGGAGGAGGAGAAAGUAAUUGUUCAGCCGCCAGAAUUGCUAGCCGUCAGCUCCAGGGUGUGUACCCAUUCGACUUUCAAGCCAUGGGACGUAAGAAAAUUCAAAUAUCGCGCAUUACUGACGAGCGGAACAGACAGGUGACCUUCAACAAAAGAAAAUUCGGCGUUAUGAAGAAAGCGUAUGAACUAAGUGUCCUCUGUGACUGUGAAAUCGCUUUAAUUAUAUUCAGCAGUAGUAAUAAGUUGUACCAAUACGCAAGUACGGAUAUGGACAAGGUCCUGUUGAAGUACACAGAAUACAAUGAGCCACACGAAUCGUUAACGAAUAAAAACAUCAUUGAAGCGCUGAAUAAAAAGGAACACAAAAAUGGCGCAUGCAGUCCAGAUAGUCCUGAAGGAGAUUCAGAAUAUCAGUUGACUCCGAGGACAGAGGCCAAAUAUAACAAAAUUGAUGAAGAAUUUCAAAUGAUGAUGCAAAGAAACCAACUCUCCAAUAACAGAGUAGGAAAUCAGUCGAGUUAUUCUCACUCUUUACCUGUCAGCGUACCUGUAGGAUAUUCAGAAACAAAUAUGCUUCAAUCGAGCCCUCACAUGGGCCAUGCUACUAGUUUAAGCCCUCGUCCGUCUUCUUCAGAUGCUGAUUCAGUUUAUCCAUCAGGCGGGAUGUUGGAGAUGAGCAAUGGUUAUCCGCAUUCGAGUUCCCCUCUCGGCGGCUCUCCAAGCCCAGGUCCACCUCCUGGGCAUCACGGGAAGCCGCCUCCUCCACCUCCAAAACACACUUCAGCACCAUCUAGGACUAACUUAAGGAUCGUUAUACCAAAUGCACAAGAUGAUAGUGGAGGAGGGAAUGGAAAUACAAGUGUUGGCACUUCGUUAAAUACUCCUGUAGUAGCUUUACAAACUCCUGUACUUGGGCCGUAUCCUGGAAUUUUCACGGAUAUUUCAAAUUCUGACAUGGGACUCUCAUCUUUAUCUUGGACUUCGUCAAUGGCACAUUCAAGCGGCUUACCUCAUUUAGGUGUCAGUAGUUCUCCACCGCCGUCUUCACCAUCGCCUCACUCAGUUAGAAUUAAAAGUGAACCGAUUUCACCACCUAGAGAUCCACUUGGCCAUUUAACUCACUCUUUAUCUCACCAUAUCCCCCAAGGAGGAAUGGGAGCAUCGCCGAGUGGACAAAGACAUGAUUACGACGGUGGGCCGCUGAGCAAAAGGCCGAGAGACAAUUGGAGUACAUAGCCACCACUUAACUCUCUGAUUUCUUCUGUUAUGGAUCCAGAGAGAUAUGAUAUACAAUGAUUGGGAAGUAGUGGUUACCAAUUUUACAAUGUGCAAUGUGACCACAGUGUUUAGUGCCAUUUUAAUACAAGCUAACACUCAAUAGUCAAAUAAGAGUGUCUAAAAGUCAUAAAUAUAAGGGUAGUUUUCACCCCAAUUUGAUAAAAAAAAUAUAUAUAUUAAAUAAAAUAUUCUUGUACUUUAUGAAUCAGAAGUCAAACCACAAGAAAAAGAAAAAACAUGCCUUAGCGACAAGCUACAAUAAUUUAUUUAUAUUCAAAUGUAACAGAUUGUAAUUUGGAAAUAUAAAAUAUUGUUUAAUCGCAACAUCAAGUUUCAAUGGUUAUUGUUAUGAACGAACUUUUAUUUUAGAAGAUAUUCGAGUAUAAAUAUAGAGAAAAAUAUGUCCACGUGGCAAAAGAAAAAAAAAAACUCACGUUUGUACAAAGAUUCGGUUAUAAUUCAGCUCUUCCGUUGGAGUUGUUAACGUUGUUGAUAGAUAUUGUGUAUUAUACACUGAUACACUAGUUAAGAGUUUUUAUAAGUAAAUUAACAUGUAAAUGCAUAUAUUGUAUCGAGCACAUAACAAAAUGUGUUGUUUGUUUAUGUAUAAAUUGUAAAAUUAAGUAAAAACACAAAUAAUUGUUGUUGUUAGAUUAAAUGGUCCAAUCAAUUUUGAUAGAUUAUUAUUUUAUCAAAAUAAAAAAUACAAUUCCAUAAAAUAACCAUAUAACGUAUGAAAAUAUAAAUGUUAUUUUCUGUUUUUGAUACAUCUUAAUUUUUAAAAUUUAUAUUUUAAAAAAAGGACAAAAGAAAAAUCUAUGCAAAAAAGAAUUCAAAUUCGUACUUAUUGCAGUUUUUAAGUGUUUUGUGUUAUAUCUCAGAUAGUCUAUUGUUCAUUGUAAUAAAAAGAAAAUUGUUAAAUAAGAGUAAAUCCUUGUAAAAUCUCAACAAAAAAAAAAACACAAACAAAUGUUCUUUUUAAAAAUAGUUUAUGUUUGUUAAAUGUUAUUUUUGACAAUAUUUGUUAUAGGUGUAGGAGAAUCCGACCAAAUUUUUAACAUAUUCGCUAGCCUCCAUAAACAGGGGGGCUUUAUUUGUGUCACAAAACGCAUUGCUCAUGUAACAAAGUGUUACCAUACAACAUAUGUAUUUUCCUAAAUAUUCUUGCACGUAAUAAUAAUUUCCCAACUAAGAGAAGAAAAAAUGUAAAUAUUGGUGGUAAUAAAAAUUUGUCGCUUUUUA